CGAGGAGCGGAAGAGGCACUCUCUCGCCGCCGGCAGAGCAUGGUGGCCCGUCGCUGACUGGGCCGGCAGCAGCGAGAGGAGCUGUCUCACAGCGGGGCUGCCAGCGCGGCCGCUGCUCGGGAGUGCGCCGCUAAGACACAGACACGACGCGUUCGCUCAGAGAACACGCGGUCUACCCAGUAAAAAAGGCACAGCACCAGCGCACGGGGGAGGGAGCGCGACGACCAGCGAGCGCGCGAGACCAUGCCGAGGCCCCCCGGCCUGGACAAAGGCGCUCGGCCGCGGCUGACCGCUGCCGCAUCUGCGCUCGGCCUCAUACUCGUCCUGCUGCUCCACCUGCCGUACAGCGCCGACGCUGCGGCGUGCAAAGGAUGCGCCAUCCAGCCAUGUCUAUGCAAAGGUGAAAAAGGAGGCGUGGGCCACCCUGGGCUUCCCGGUUCGCCGGGCACCGAGGUCCCAGGAGAUCUCGGUCCCCUGGGACCAACCGGUCGCCGGGGUGAACGUGGCUUGUCAGGAGACACCGGAGCCAUCGGACCCAAGGGAAUCCGGGGUGAACCCGGAGCACCAGGAUUCCCAGGCAGGCCAGGUGCACCGGGAAAACCGGGUUUCGAUGGGUUGCUUGGAGAGCCGGGAAUACCAGGCUGCAACGGAAGCAAGGGCGCCCUCGGUCCCCAUGGUCCCGCCGGUGGCUGGGGCCCGCCAGGACCGCGCGGUCCCCGCGGAGACUAUGGACCCAAGGGAUUGCCUGGAGACGGCGGAAUAAACUCUCUAGGAAUUCGUGGAGAUCCGGGAGACGACGGAAGACCAGGCCCUCAGGGCGCACUUGGUUUCCCAGGCUUUCAUGGCGAGAAAGGCGUUCGAGGAGACAGUGGACCAGCGGGAAGACCGGGUCCUCCAGGUUCUCCGGGCCCUAAAGGCGUACAGGGUGAUGACGCACAAGGCGACAAAGGACCUAAGGGAGAACCAGGUCAUCCUGGAGAUGUAGGUCCGCCUGGUGACUCGUACUUCUUUGUUGGGCCGCCAACCAUUCAACAAAUCCCCGGUGACCGAGGACCGAAGGGUGAAAAGGGCGACAUUGGAAGCAAAGGUGAACGUGGAACACGCGGAGUGGAUGGAGAAGCUGGCCUGCCUGGCAGCGACGGCCUCAAGGGAGAAAAAGGAGACAUAGGCGAAGAAGGCCCAAGGGGCAAAAGGGGCAAAGAGGGAGUCGAUGGUCCGUCCGGAGAAAAGGGGCAGAAAGGAGAACCAGGAUUUACAGGAAUCGAUGGUGGUUCCGGUGACACGGGAGAACCGGGAGAGAAAGGAAGAUCCGGAAGCUUUGGAACACAGGGACCACCGGGCCCACCAGGACCGACCAUAGAGAUUGGAUCGCCCAUACCAGGACCCAGGGGUCCCCAGGGCGUGCCUGGUGAUAUGGGUCUACCUGGACGCGACGGCGAAAAGGGUGCCACCGGUGCGAUGGGAUAUCGUGGUACGGUAGGCGAACCGGGCGUACCAGGAGAGGCAGGAGCACCUGGACCUCGAGGACUUGCCAUCAAGGGCGAGCCCGGAGAGGACGGCUAUCCGGGAGUACCAGGGCCGCGGGGUCAGCAAGGAGCCCCAGGGCCUCAAGGACCGCUGGGAGAUAAAGGCCAGCCGGGUCUCACAGUAGUAGGGGCUCCCGGAGAGGAUGGCCGUCCCGGAAGAGAUGGACGACCGGGCAUCCCCGGUGUACGCGGAGACCCCGGACUACCAGGUGACCAGGGUACACCCGGUCGCGGCGUGCCGCGACCUGGCCCUGAUGGACCCCCAGGUCUACGUGGACCACAGGGCGACCCAGGUCUUCCAGGCCGGCCGGGUAGGCCGGGUGAAGACGGCCGCCCAGGACCCAGAGGUGACGACUGUGGCUACUGUCCGCCGGGUAUACCUGGUGACCGCGGUGCACCAGGAGACGACGGCCGCCCAGGUUCCGAUGGCUCAAUGGGAUUCCCCGGAACUACGGGUCCCCCUGGGGUGAAAGGAGACAGAGGUUAUACGGGCCCUCGCGGCAUCCCUGGCCUACCGGGUCGAGACGGAGAACCCGGCUGGGACGGACAGAAGGGCGAGAAGGGCUUCCCUGGCGAGUUCAUCUUUCCGCCGGGCCCGCUACCGCCGGGCUCCAUUAAAGGCGAGAAGGGCGAACCCGGAGACUAUGGGCCUAGAGGCCUGUCUGGCCGCGAGGGCAACCCCGGACCGCAGGGCCUGCCUGGUGGCAUAGGCUUCAAGGGAGACACGGGUGAUUACGGAGACCCUGGCUACCGUGGCUCCGACGGCGUAGAAGGCUUCCCGGGUCUGGCUGGUCGCAAGGGAGAAGCGGGAGACUUCUACAUCGGCGAGAAAGGAGACGACGGCGAGGAAGGGGAGCCCGGAGAUACGGGCUUGACCGGACCGCCCGGAGACAGGGGUGAUCCCGGACUCCCCGUAAACGCUCCGGACAAUCUCAAACACAUGACAGGAGACAAAGGUAUGCCAGGCUUGCCUGGCCAGUCCGGCAGAGAGGGACAAAAAGGAGAGAAAGGAUCGCCCGGCUACGACGGCUUGCCUGGGCGACAAGGAGACAAGGGUGACCACGGCACGCCGGGCUACUCCCAACAGGGUCCCAAGGGUCUCAAGGGCUACCCGGGACUCGCCGGAGACCAAGGACCCUCUGGCCGCAGAGGUGCCCCGGGAAUUACCGGAGAGCGCGGCUACGAAGGACGUCCCGGCCCGAAGGGCCCGCGGGGACCGACUGGCACGGGUAAGGGCACGGGACCGCAGGGCCUGCCGGGUGUGCUGGGACUAAAAGGCGAGCAGGGCCUUCCUGGAUACCCUGGAGGCCCCGGUCCGGCCGGGCAGCCAGGAUACGCCGGAGCGAAGGGGCAGAAAGGUGAACAGGGCUACAUCGGAUACAGCGGACCAAAGGGAGUGAAGGGAGACGCUGGCGACGCCGGAAUCGGUACGCAGGGGGCCCCUGGACUUCCUGGCUACGACGGCCUGAAGGGAGAGCGGGGUAUUCCCGGCAUUCCUGGCACUGACGGUUUCCCCGGCCUGCCUGGAGUCAAGGGCGAAGCGGGAUCACCGGGCGCACCAGGACCACGGGGCCGUGACGGUCAACCCGGCCUCCGAGGUCAGCCAGGAACACCAGGUCUCGAAGGAUACCCGGGAUUGAAAGGUCGAAAAGGCGAGGCCGGAGAGUUUGGUCCACCUGGGUGGGACGGACUUGCCGGAGAGCCAGGAUACCCUGGGCUCAAAGGAGGCAAAGGAGAGCGGGGCGUAAAUGGACAGCCCGGAUUUCCGGGUCUUCCUGGUAGGCCGGGUCUUCCGGGUGAACGUGGAGAUGUCGGAUACCCAGGCCUUGAGGGUCUGAAGGGAGACAGGGCCCAACGAGGCAUUCGUGGCGACGACGGUUUCCCAGGACCCGAUGGUCUGCCUGGUCCAAAGGGUCCGGUCGGAUUCCCGGGUCUUCCUGGAAGAAAGGGAGAGCGCGGAGAGCCAGGCCGAGCACUGGGCGCGCCAGACGGGCUACCGGGAGAGCCGGGACCUAGAGGCUACGACGGAUUCCCCGGGCUGCCUGGACUCAAAGGCGAAGCCGGAAACCCGGGAUCCCCCGGCCCUGCUGGACUGGACGGUGAACCAGGAUUCCAGGGUGUAGCGGGACUCGACGGCGCAAACGGCCUGCCUGGCCUUCCCGGUCUCCCUGGCCCUGACGGAUUUCCGGGACUUCCAGGAUUCCCCGGCUUAAAGGGCGAUUCGGGCUUUGAUGGACGCCCAGGCUCCGCUGGUCCGCCGGGUCCACCAGGCCUCCCUGGACCUCCGGGAUUUGACGGCAACCCCGGAAUCAAGGGAGAGACAGGAGAGCCCGGAUAUCCCGGUCUUUCGACGUUCGAGAUCAGCAAGGGAGACAAGGGAGAGCCGGGCCAGCCGGGAAUUCCCGGACCGCGCGGCCCUCCCGGCGACGACGGCUUCCCAGGCCUUAAGGGCGCGAAGGGCCAGAUCGGUGACCCCGGUUUCGACGGCGCGCCGGGCGCUGCUGGAAGGCCCGGCCCCAAAGGAUACCCUGGAAACCCCGGACCACCUGGAACGGAAGGAGCACCCGCUACCGACGUCUACCCUGGACCAAAAGGAGACGAAGGCGUUCCCGGACCGCCAGGCUUCCCCGGCAUUCCGGGACUCAAAGGUGAAGCAGGAGAACCAGGAUUUCCAGGACCCGAUGGACCGCCCGGCUACCCCGGUGUCGCCCCAAUUGGCUUCAAAGGAGAACAAGGAGAUGCAGGACUAAGCGGCCUUCCAGGCACCCCUGGUCAACAGGGAGCUCCGGGACAGCCUGGAUACCCCGGCAUCCCAGGAUCAAAGGGCAGUCGAGGAGAUUCAGGCUUGCCGGGACCUGUCGUUCCUGGACCACCGGGAAUACCAGGACCCAGGGGACAAGACGGUCAACGAGGCUACAAGGGUGAAAAGGGGGCACCUGGAGAAUCGGGAUUCCCCGGUUUCCCUGGACUCAAAGGCGAAAGAGGUGACUCCGGCUUCCCCGGACCUUCUGGAAGGCCCGGAAUAAACGGAACAAAAGGUGCUAAAGGACAACGUGGCAGCUCCGCUCCGAGCGAUUUUCAGCAGACGCCUCGAGGUAUCAAAGGAGACGCAGGCUUCCCAGGAGCCAACGGAUUGCCAGGCCUUCCCGGCGACCAAGGCUUCCCGGGAGUCAACGGCGAACCGGGAGACUAUGGGCUUCCGGGAUUCCCGGGACUUCCAGGCUACUCCGGCCCCCGAGGUCUCCCCGGCGACGAAGGAUUCCAAGGGCUGCCAGGGUUCCCCGGUCAGCCAGGCACACCGGGACGUCCAGGAAAUCGUGGUCCUCCGGGUGGUCCCGCCAGGUCCCGAGGCUACUUCUUCACCAGGCACAGUCAAACUUCACGAGUUCCGGAAUGCCCCAGGGGCACCCAUCCGCUCUGGUCUGGCUAUUCUCUCCUUUACAUACUCGGCGAUGAGAAAGCCCACGGCCAAGACUUGGGAAGUGCCGGAAGCUGCUUGCGGAGAUUCAGCACGAUGCCAUUCCUGUUCUGCAGCCUGAAUAAUGUUUGCAACUUUGCAUCAAGGAACGACUACAGCUACUGGCUCAGCACUCCGGAACCAAUGCCUAUGGCAAUGACACCAAUCGUGGGAAGAGACAUCCAGAAAUACAUCAGCCGAUGCAGUGUCUGCGAGUCUUCCACCCAAGUCAUAGCCAUACACAGCCAGACUCUGGAAGUACCAGAGUGCCCUGAAGGCUGGGACGGCGUUUGGUCUGGCUACAGCUUCUUCAUGAACACUGACUCGGGAGCAGAGGGCAGUGGCCAGCCCUUGGUCUCACCAGGUUCCUGUCUUGAAGAGUUCCGACCUAAUCCAUUUAUUGAAUGCCAUGGUCAUGGCCGGUGCAACUACUACACUACAGCCUUCAGCUACUGGUUGGCAACAAUUGAACGCCAUGAUAUGUUCAGACCACCAGACCCACAGACGCUCAAGGCGGGUGAUCUGAGAACACGAGUUUCUCGCUGCAAAGUUUGCAGGCGGCAGGUUAUUGUCCCUUGAGCAAAAUACUUUUUUUUUUCUGUGUUCAACUGCCUUGUUCACCAGCCUGACUUUUGCUGCAGCAACGAGAUCAGAGAAAAAAAAAAAGAAAGAAAACUCAAGCUGAGGGUGGCUGCUUUUUAAAGAACACAGCAAAAUUGUUUUGUUGAACUUGUUAGUUUCAUGUUAACUUACACAUAAAGGCCUUGUGUUGCUUAUGUUCCUUUGUUCUGGCAUUUAUAGUGCUCGUAAAAACUGCCAGCGAGUGUGCAUGCAUUAAAGCCAACAGUCAGAUAUGUUGCGUACUAUGUGUUGUAGCAAAAGCCUUUUCAUCGGAGGAAGUUGAAGCUAGUCACACCGUAACUUUGCUGCACCACUGGUUACGUAAAGGAGUGACGAAAAGUGCAAGAAAGCCAAUAUGUAUGUAAAUAUUAAGCCUGCAGGAGAUCAAGACAAAGCGGGCCAUCAGUCUAGAUGCUGAAAAUGUGCCAGCAAUCAAGCAAUGGCAUUAGUGUGUUGCUGACAUUUUCUUCUUCUUUGUGUGCGUCUGACUGUCAACACUGCCAAUUAGCUGUUUACAGUAGAAGAAUGCAAGGCAUCAUUCACCACUUUUGUUCUUCAAGAAAAUUCCUUUUUGUUGUUGAUUCUUGUGCUAUAUUCUGCAUAUUUGUUAAUAAAACAUUUCAAAGUCCCUGUGCAA